AUGGGAGCACCUAUUGAGCGAGAAGACAAGAAGAGCUCCAUUCAAGAAUCUCGGACUCCCAGCGGGGCUAACGAUACACUCUCUACUGGCGUGGUUCUUUCGCCAGAAUAUGACGAGUAUCUGCGCCUCAGUGAGAUAUUCAAGGGCGACCGACUGCAGAAACUUGUGCGGAAGCUCGAUUUGCGAAUAUUACCUCAGUUGAUUUUCAUCUACUUGCUCUCGUACGUGGACCGGAGCAACGUCGGAAAUGCCAAACUAUUUGGGGCCGAAGAAGAUAUGAACCUUAGCAGCCAGCAAUGGAAUACCGGGUUAAGUGUGUUCUUCGUUACCUAUGCACUUGGGGGCACCCCAUCUAACAUCAUCCUUAAACGAGUCGGGCCCAAAAUUUGGCUUCCUGCUCUAUUAACCCUCGUCGGUCUGAUUCUCGUCUGUUCCGGUCUACAAAGCAACUACGCCGGCUGGAUCUCCUUCCGCAUUAUCCUCGGUCUCGUCGAAGCCGGCAUGUUUCCCGGUUGCAGCUACGCCUUAACCGCAUGGUAUUCUCCCCAGGAGAUCCAUUCACGUAUGUCCAUCUUCUACUCCGGUGCCUCUCUCGCCGGUGCAUUCUCUUCCAUAUUAGCCUACGGUAUUGGUCAACUAGACUACACAUGGGGAUACCGCGGAUGGCGCUUCAUUUACGUGAUUGAGGGUGUCUUCACAUUCUGUGUCGGUCUUACGUCGUUCUUCUUCAUUUACCCGUCCCCGGCCAAGUUGGGAGCCUGGCUCAGCGACGAAGAGCGCCAGUUCCUUCUCCUUCGACAUCGGUACUCCGCUGGCGGUGAAACUGGCGUUGCCGAAAAGGAGGGCUUCUCGAUGCGCUACGCAAAGCAGUCCUUCCGGUCGUUCCACGUUUACGCCAUCACGGCUAUGGAGCUGACGUUGUGUGUGGUUGUCUAUGGGAUUUCUUUCAUUCUGCCUACUAUUAUCGCGAACUUGGGUUACUCGGCGGCUCGAGCUCAGGCGUUGACUGCACCCCCGUAUGUCUUUGCCUGCGUGGUGACGGUGUUGUUUGGAUACGCUUCCGACCGGUUCCAGCAGCGCAUGAUUUUCGUGCUUUUACCGAAUCUCAUGGCUGCUGUGGGGUGCGCUAUUAUCAUGGCCAGUGUGCGAUACCCACAUGUCGAGGGCGUCACGAUGUUUGGAUGUUUUCUCAUGGCAGGUGGGCUUUAUCCGAUUCCGCCGGCCGUCACGGCGUGGAUUUCCAUCAACACGGCAGGCUCUAUGAAGCGGUCUGUUAGUAUGGCUUUGAUGAUCUCGAUAGGUCAAUUGGGUGGGAUAAUGGGCUCUAAUAUUUUCAUCGCUAAUGAAGCACCACAGUACCCUAUUGGCUUUGGUAUCUGCCUGGCUCUUUUGGUGGUAUUUGGGGUUAUAUGGCCGGUGAUCUACUAUUUCAUUCUGAAGCGUAUCAACGCUGAACGUGCUGCGAUUCCGGUAGACGAGAUUCACGCCAAGUACACGGAGGAGCAGUUGGCGGAUAUGGGCGAUGAAAGUCCGAUGUUUCGAUAUGCUACGUAG